AUGACAAUAUUCUUAUCGGUUGAUCAUAAACGACGAUCACAGAAUUGUUUUAUGUUAGUUUUAUCUAUUGUACAAACAUUAUUAUCGGCCGGUGACCAUCGUCAUUUCGUUCCGAAGGUGAACAGAGGCCCUAUAGAUCCAGCGAACGUCAUUGCAAUAGCGAUGAAACAUAAAAAUGGUCUCAACCGUUUAGGAACUGAACAUGGCAUUGUAAAGGGUCGGUAUGGUUCAGGGAAUAACAUUCAACCGGCCACGUCCGGGUUCAUUAGUAUCGACCGAGUAAAGACAAAAGAAAUGUCAAUCAGAAAAACUGUAUUAUCUUUAAACGUCUUUUAA